GAUGGUGGCCACCGUCGACCUUAGGACACCAAUUUCAAGUCUGGAGGACUACCUUUCUGACGAGACCCUCGCCGUCAGUCUUGGUUGAUCAACAUGGCUCAAGAACUUACCGCGCCUCCAGUCCUUUCGACUCCUGAGACGCAUAUCCUGAACGAAGGUCUACCAGAUAUCUCUCGAAGUCCAGCAGAGAAACUUUCCGACGAACAAUUAAACACCAGAUAUGAAAUCAGCAGGACCAUUAACGAAAUCAAUUCACGAAAAUGGAGACGGGUCGCCCUACAGUUUCCGGACCAUAUGCUCCCUCACUCAGCCCGGGUUUAUCAACUAUUAGCCCGUGGACUUGACGAGCGAAAACCUCCAGCCAACCAGCCAACAAAUAGCCACUUGUCUACCGAAACCCGUCUAUCAGAUCUCAGCAUCCAUGAAACUCAACCAGUCAAACUCACAAUCCUAGGCGACACGUCCUACGGAUCCUGCUGCGUCGACGAGGUUGCCGCCGAGCACGUCGAUGCGGAUGCCGUGGUGCACUACGGACGAGCCUGUCUCUCGCCGACAGCAAGACUGCCCGUCCUCCACAUCUACACCGCCAUGCCCUUAGACCACAACGACGCGGUCAAAUCUUUCCGAGAAGCCUUUCCAGACCUCGCCGCAAAAGUCAUAUUAACAGCCGACGUGCCCUACGCCGCACACGUCCGGCCUAUAUACAACCUCCUCCAGGCUCAAGGCUACCAAAAUCUUUUCCCAGCAUCUAUAGUCCACGACCCGUCUUCCGCAAUACCCAACCGGACACUUCCACAAUCUGUCGUCGAAGACACCGCAUCCCUAUCAGAGUGGAACCUCUUCCACAUCUCCGACCCGCCAACCUCGCUCCUCCUGACUCUAACCUCCCGUAUGGCCAGUAUAAGAGUAUACAACACCGAGGUCAACACCAGUACCGACCCAUCUUCAGCCCUAGAGACAUCAACCCGCUUCCUCCUACGCCGCCGUUACGCCCUCAUCACAUCCCUCACCACCGUCCCCAUCUGGGGCAUCCUAAUCAACACCCUCAGCGUCAAAAACUACCUCGACGUCCUCUCGCAUAUCCAGCGACAAAUCGCCGCCGCCGGCAAGAAAUCCUACCUCUUCGUCGUCGGCAAACUCAACCCCGCCAAAAUCGCCAACUUCUCCGAAAUCGGAGGCUGGGUCGUAAUCGGGUGCUGGGAGAGUUCGCUAAUCGACAGUAAAGAAUUCUACCGGCCUAUCAUCACUCCAUUCGAGCUCGAUAUGGUGUUGCAGUCCGAUGACACUCGUCUGUGGACAGGUGAAUGGCGCGCUGACUUCCAGGCUGUUCUCGAAGACGCGGCGAGGCGUGAAGAGCAAGCACGCUCCCACCGACUAUCUGGCGACGACGAUGUGCCUGAGUCAAAUGGCAUUGGCGAAGCUGAUGCCAGGAGCGACUCCGAGUCAGAAUCUGAACCUCCAGAAUUCGACCUCCGUACCGGCCGCUACGUGUCUCGCUCAAGACCCAUGCAGAAGAUCAAGCCGCAUCAAAUCUCCGCGCAGUCCGGCCUCAAUGCUGCAUCCUCAACAGCCCUGACACGACGGACCAAAGGAGAUAUGAUUUCCGUGAACGGAGUCGCAUCGCCCGCAGCAGAAUACCUCCGGGAGAAACGCGGCUGGCAUGGUCUAGGGAGCAAUUUCGAGGUCAAGUAUGAGGAGGAAAGCGAUGGAGCUCGAGUUGAGGAGGGCCGGAGCGGGAUCGCCAGAGGAUAUGCAGUCGGGGAGUCUGCACGAAGUUAAAGACUGGCGGAUUCAUUGCUAGUACCAGACUAUAUGAGUCUUAGGCAUCCCUUGGCUCCUACUAGAUGUACGUGCGAAGUGUCUGGGAGAAUCAUACACAGGUCAGUGAAGAUGAGCACUGUCCGUGCUCGCGGACUGCAUUGGUGGGAUAUCUGAUAAUACAAACA